GUUAAGUAAUUGAUGCGCAUGCGCAAUAGGAAUAACGUAGAAUUGCUUUUAUAGUAAACUGUUCAGAACCACAACAAAUCACCCAAAUGUCACUCGCUGUGAAGAAUGCGAUGUUUUCCAUAGAAUCUACAUGUGUGAUAUGACGAUGAAAAAGUCAAACAUAAAGGCUAUAAAAGUAGCUUCGCAAACACAUCAUACUGAAAGUUCAACACAAGGUGAGACAUCUAAUAGAUUUGGCGUUGAAACAGAAAAUCACACACCUACGAUUAAAGCUAGAUCUACAUUGCCUACAAAUAAGCGAGGGCAUUAUCAUCUUCAAAUUCACCAUAAUUUGCAGUCUUCAUAUCAGAAUAUAUACCCAUGUAGCCCAGAUAAUUCUCAAAAUACUGAAUUAACUAACCAUGCUCGAACUCGCCUUAGGAAUGAACAUCAGUCCUUUUUGUAUCCUAACAAUUCAGUUAGCAAUCUAAUUACAGAAGAGUGCAGUCAGAGAAAAAGGGAAAAGAUGGGACUCUUUCGGAAUUUGAGACGUAAAUUCUCUUCUCUUUCAAUACGGAAAUCAGAAGGAGCAGAUUACAAUGGACAUGCCAGCGAAAGUCAAUCUCCAAAUAUUACAUGCUGUAGACUAAAAGAUAAAAAUGUGCACUCUUGUAAUAUUGAAUCUUGUUCAAGCUCUGUCUCGUUAAGCUGUGAUAGCUUGAACUCCCCUUUAAAAACCUAUAUGUCUCCUAAACUGAAUGAAUGGCAUUCAAAUACAGAUCAUCACGACAUGGAUAUGCCUAAAGAUAAACCAGGCUGCUUAUCAAAAGACAUAUCUAGGUUUAAUCCAGCUUCUUCUCACUGUGAUGACUGCUCUUCUGAAGAAACUGUCUCUGAUGGCGUUGAAGUAACAAUAAACACUAACAAAAAUGUGCAUUCAGAGCCUGUUUACGAGUUAGCAGAUUGUGUAGAUUAUGAUCCUAUUAAAGAUCAGCAAAAAAUUUGGAGUCCUAAGGUUUGGAGUUUAACACAGGAAUUAUUUCGAUUAUCUAAAUUUGGGUGGUACUGGGGGCCUAUAACACGGAAUGAAGCUGAAGAUAAAUUGACCAACCAACCUGAUGGUGCUUUUCUUGUUCGGGACAGUUCUGAUGAACGAUAUCUCCUCAGCCUCUCAUUUCGCUCAUACGGACGCACCUUACACACUCGUAUAGAACAUUGUAAUGGGAUGUUCAGCUUCUAUGCACAGCCUGACACAGAGGGUUAUCCCUCCAUUGUUGACUUAAUUGAACACUCCAUGAAUGACUCACAAACUAGCAUUUUUUAUUACUCCAGAUCCCGUUCCCCCGGUGCUCCCCAAUUUCCAGUGCGUUUAACAAAACCUGUCUCUCGUUUCACACAAGUGCGAUCAUUACAGUAUUUGUGUCGCUUUGUUAUUCGUCAGUAUACUAGAUAUGAUCAUAUUCAGCAAUUGCCAUUGCCGACAACUCUUAAAGGAUGGAUUGAAGAGAACCAAUAUUAAACAAAAGACAUUGCAUUUUGGAUGUUUUUGUGCAUUUGCAGGUGACACUGAGAAGAAAGAUUGUUUCAUGUUUUCAUCAACCAUCAUCAAUGUUUUUUAAAACAUUUUUCUACUUUGUUGUGAAUUUUUUGUUGAUGCCUUAACACAUUUCUGUCUAUAAAUGUGUGCACACUAUAUUGAUUGGGAAGUUUUGUUGUGAUAGGCCAGAUUGUAUCUAAUGUUUACCCUUUAUUUUGUUAAAAUGUUUCUUUCACCUCAUUUUUAUAUAUGUAAUAUUCAUUUUUAAAGCUUAGUGAUAUUACUAUUUGUUUCAAUGUUAAAACCUGUGUUAGAAAUUGACAUAUUUUCAAUACUUCAGUUGUAUUUACAAUAAAAUGUUUAUAACUGGGCAAAUAAAACAUUUUGCCACUUCAGAAUGUUUUUAUCCCCAAAGAUAUACAGACAAAUUAACUUAGUUAAAUUAAAACUAUUUUUGUGAAUACCAAUGUAAGAAUGCUGACAUUUAAUUUGCUAAAUGUAAAAGUGGUAAGAUUAUUAAAGGUUGUUUUUUUUGUUUUAGUCCUUCAAAUGAAACAAUCUAUUAGAUUUUAGAAGUAAUUGCCUGCGGGUUUGUUGGUUGAUAAAAGGUUUUAUUUAAUUUAUUGUACAAUUAUACUAGUUUGACUUUUCUGAAAAUAACUAUUAGAUUUGCCUUAACAAUUCACUUUCAAAACAAGAAUUUUAAAACUAAGAGAUAGUAUUUUGAAAUUCAUAGCUAAUAUCAUUUGCAAAGCAGCAGUAACUAAAAUUGAAUAAUCAUACUACUAAAACAUUAACAACAACAUUAAAAAUAUAAACAAAGCAAUUGAUUUUAAACUGUUUGUUCAUGCUUAUUUUAAUUUAUAUAGCAUCCUCCUCUAGUGUGUCCUAUGUAAAAAAAAAUAAAAAAUGAAGACAAUUAUAAACUAAAAUAAGCAAAGCAAAGGAAACUUUCCCCUUAAAAUUGUGGUUUUAAAACUUGCUGCUUAUUAAGCAAUUACAAACAUAGAGAAAAGUAGGAUGGGCAACUCAAAAAUCACAGUGCCUUGGUGACUUUAUUUUAUUAUUAUUUUUUUGUAUGUACCGGUAAGUAAAGUGUCUUUUCUGAUCGUGAUACAUAAAUCAUUUCUCAUUAUUCACACACAGACAUUUUAUUUUUUUUUUUAAAUGAGGGGAGCUAGAAUCUGUAUCCUAGAUUUUAACAAAAAAUGGUUUCAGUAGUUUCACAGCAUCUUCUGUUGCCAACUCUAAUCAUUUCCUUUUUUAAAAAUAGUAAUGUAGGUUUUUUUUUGUUUUUUUUCCAAACAUUUUGAAACUAAUGACAGACUCAAAACAAAAGUAAAAUGACACUAUUUUGACAUUGACUAGGCUGUAUGAUGACAGACUUUGUAUUUAUUGUUUGUUACUAAUGACUGACUAAUAUAGUAACUUGAGAAUGCAUAUAUACAUGGCAGUAAUUUUUUGUUUAGAUGUGCUUUUGCUCAAUAGUGUAGCAAUGUAAUAAGUAAGAAGAUGUCCAAAGAAUUAUGCACUUCAUUGGUUUACCUUCAGUCUGAUUGAUUUGAAAACUAAUAUUUUACAAAUGCUCUUUCAAGUAUAAAUGAAUCAUUGUUUUUUGUUGUUGUUGAUUGCUUGUGGUUAAUACAUUUCAUUUGUAUAUCUUUAAGAAUAUGUCUUUAGUAAAUAUUUAAUGAUUAUUGAGGAAUGCUAAGCCAUACUACACAUUGAUUAAAAAAUAUAUUUUUGGGUCAACUGUUUUUUUCCCAAACAACAAUAGAAACAAAUAUUACUUGUUAUUGCUAUUGUAAUGUUGUAACUUAGGAUAAACUGACAACGAAAGGGAAUGUGGAUAAAAGGGAAUCCAGUAGGCAAGGGUGUUUAUUGAAUAUGGAGAAUGAUGCACUAAUGAUUCAUGGGACAAAAAACACAGAGGUGAUCAGGUCUUGGGUUUACCUAUGCCACACAAUUCAAAUAUUGCAAAGGCUCACAUGCUUCCACCAUUAUGCACUACUAUCAGGUGCCACCUUAUGCUUCUCGGGUAUUUUUGGUACUAAAAUCACACCAUCAAUAACAGGCAUCUUACUAUUCCUGGGAAACACUUGCACUAAAACACAGCAUCAUUUGAUUCUCUGCAACUACAGAAUGUUUCUUAAUGGCAAUGACUAUGGUUCAUAACACUUACAGUGCUGACUCUUUCUCUAGGUCUGAAAAUUGUCUUUUUAAUUAGGCGCUAUAUACAGGUACUUUUUAACAUUCAUUACCUCAGAAACUGCCUGGACAAAUUUGAUAAAAUUACAUAAUUUUUCUAUAUAAUUUACUGUUAUGUGGUUUGACCUGUGUUAAUAGUUUUUUUUACAUGUUUGCAAAUAUAGGCUUACAUUAGGUCCAUAAUUUUGUUUCAGACAUAAAACACACAAGUCCAGUUCACAAAGCAAAUGAAGUUUCAUCCUAAUAUUAUCAAUGAGGUCUUCAUAUAUAUAUAUACACAUAUUGAAUGUUAUUUAUUCCGUGUACCAUUUAUGUCUGCAUCGCUUGUUAUUCAUUUUAGGACAUGGUUCACUUUAACCAAUAUAGAACAUACAAUCUUUUUUGGCUUGACACAAUCUUAAUCAUUGAUUUGAUUUGAGAAGUGUUGAAUGUUCAUACUAAAACUAUACACAACAUUAUGUACCAUUGUAUAAUUUUUUGAAAAAUAAUUAGAAUAAUUUUUGGAGAAGUUAUAUAUAUAACUUUAAAUUGAUAUAUAUAUAUAUCAUAACAGAUGAGUCAGUUGUGUUGCUUUUUUGUUUCAUCAUAAAACUAUUAUAAGCAUUUUAGUUUUGCAAGGAACUGUUAAGCUAAUGUAUUUUUUACAUAAUUUUAUAUAUUUUGUGAAUUAAAUAUAGUUAUUCUUUAACUUUGUUUAAAGCUAGAAAAAUAUUUAUUGAAAUUAAUUAAAACAGCAUAAAUGUUAGCUUUGUGAAUAAACAUUUAUUUCUUCAUGAAUACUAUUAGGAACCUUCAUGCUGACUCACAGUAGGAUGUCUCUCAAUAGAAUCAUUUAGAAAAGCUGAGCUAUCAUAAAAUCUGUAAGGUGUAAUAUUAAUUGUUUUAGUUAAGCUCCACUUGGGUCAUAUUUAGUAUUUUUAUGCCACUUAAAACAUAAACAGACUUAAAAUAACAAACACCACGAAGUGAUUUCAUCGGAGUGAAAACAAAGGCAAAACUAAUCUAAUCAUGAGCUUAUGUUUCACAUUUAUUGGUGCUAUGCUACAUUUGUUACAUGAAUGAUGUGAUCAAUUGAAUAGAUGUUUUAUUGGUACAUGAAUAAUGUGAUCAAUAGAAUAGAUGUUUUAUUGGUACAUGAAUGAUGUGAUCAAUUGAAUAGAUGUUUUAUUGGUACAUGAAUGAUGUGAUCAAUUUAAUAGAUGUUUUAUUGGUACAUGAAUGAUGUGAUCAAUGGAAUAUAUGUUUUAUUGGUACAUGAAUGAUGUGAUCAAUUUAAUAGAUGUUUUAUUGGUACAUGAAUGAUGUGAUCAAUUUAAUAGAUGUUUUAUUGGUACAUGAAUGAUGUGAUCAAUGGAAUAUAUGUUUUAUUGGUACAUGAAUGAUGUGAUCAAUUUAAUAGAUGUUUUAUUGGUACAUGAAUGAUGUGAUCAAUUUAAUAGAUGUUUUAUUGGUACAUGAAUGAUGUGAUCAAUGGAAUAGAUGUUUUAUUGGUACAUGAAUGAUGUGAUCAAUGGAAUGGAUGUUUUAUUGGUACAUGAAUGAUGUGAUCAAUGGAAUAGAUGUUUUAUUGGUACAUGAAUGAUAUGAUCAAUUGAAUAGAUGUUUUAUUUGUACAUGAAUGAUGUGAUCAAUUGAAUAGAUGUUUUAUUGGUACAUGAAUGAUGUGAUCAAUUGAAUAGAUAUUUUAUUGGUACAUGAAUGAUGGAAUAAAUGUUUCAUUCUGUGCUCCAAAGUUGAGUGACAUUGUUCAUGUUGAGAACUUUAAUUGUAUUUAUGCAUGAAUCAAUUACAAAAUUGAGUGCCUGCGAUUUUGUAUGAGUUUAUUUCUUUAAAUAACUUUAAUUUUCAAUUUUCUUAAUUUACAAGUAUGAACAAAAAAAAAAUACUGUGUUGUAAACUAACAGAAUGUUGGUUCUAAUUAUUAGCAUUCUUUAAUUACUGUCAUUGGUGGCUUUUAAGCAUUCUUGAAUUGUAAAGUAGAAUAUCCUUACUUAAAAAUACAUUAUAGAUCUAAUAUUUAUUAGAAAUAAAGAGGGUUGACAGCAACUACUUUAUUUUUGCAAAUGUUAAAUGACUCAAGUCUUUUUGUUGUUGUUUUUUUUAUUUUCGUCACCAACUUUUGCCAUGACCUAUCAUAAUGUAAUAUUACAUUGCUUUUACUUAAUUACUCAACUGGCUUUUUUUUUUCACCAUUUUAAAGUAAGUGAAAUUGUUUCUUGAAAAUGCAACUUUGUCAGAUUUUUCUUUCUUGGAACUGCGACGUUCUCUGUGCAUGAUCAUGCUUUAGCUUCAUUUGAUUUGAGUUCCAACUAAGCCUUAAAAGUGUCCCCUUCACAUUACGUUUUAUCCCCUCAAGUAGAAACCAUUUUAUUGAGUAAUGAGUCCAAUUUAAAACAUUGUAACACAAAAAAAAUAUUUUUUUAAUUUAAAUUAGUUUCCCUACUGUCAGAAACAAGAUUCAGCAUACUAUUAUCUGAUCUAUGAAUGUUAUAUCUAUGGGCAUGUUUAUGCAAACUAAUUUGGUGUAUAUAGAUUCUUUUGUUUCUUCCUAUUCUGCCUUAAAUAUCUUUACCUUUUCUUUCUCAGAAGAAACCUAGCUGCCUUUUUUUUUUUUAAAGAUAUGUUUGCGGUUUGUUAUUAUAGCUACCUUAGAGUCAUAUCAAUGGUAUGGUCAAAGUGAAAGUAGUUCUCCUCUGUUAACCUACUCCUGUGUUGAGAGUUGAUUGUAAUUUUAUUUAUUUGUUGUAUUGUUUACAUUGUUUUAAAAUGAACUAGCUCAUUAAGCACAUUGAGAUGAUGUUGACUCAACUCUUGUACAAGUCUUUAACAUGGUUUAUAAAAGUUAUGAGCAACAAAAAAUGUUUUAACUAUUAAUAAAUGUACAUUGUUUUUCUUUUUUCUUCACCGGUUCAUUGUCAACUUGAUGCCUUGAUACAUUGUCUACACUAUUAACAAUUGCAUAAAACUCACUAAGGGUGGGGGAUAUGCUUUAUUUUUUUAUUAAAAAAAAAGUAAUUGUUCCCUCCAUAAUACAACUGAUUGUGAUGUUUUAUAAAACUUUUUUUUUAUUUUUGACAUGUUUUCUGAGUUUAAUUGUUAUGACUGAGACCUGUGCUCUUGUUUGAAGAUUGUCCUUCACCUUGUACAGCUGCUGCCUUGAAUGUUCAUUGGAGUUGUUUUUGCAAUGAGAGAUUUUUUUUUUUUAUUAAAUUUUGUACAGAGUGGUGUGUUCUAUUUUGUCCUUUAAAUUGACAUUGUUUUUGCAUUGUGUGGUUGAAUAAUAUGACUUGAAACAUGUCACAAAGAUAUCAAAUACAGUUUUUGUUUUCGUAUGGUAUUUUAUUUCAGAAAUAUCUCAUAAUAAAUCCUUUGUGUUUUGGAGAAACUUUUCACUUUUUAAAUUGAUGUUUAGCAUUUAGAUAUGUGACAGAUAAUUAAGUGGGGUGUUUCAGAGUGGCAUAAUGCUGUCUUAACAUCCCAUGAUUAUUUUUGAAAUGAGUUUGUAAGAGAUGUUUGAGUUGUUAACAUAUUUCAUAAUUUAUAUUACACUCUUUUGUGUUUAGCCUUCA